ACCAUAGCGGAUCUACGGGUAGCAGGGAAGGACAAUCGUGUUUUGUUACUCUCGCGCCCGGCGGUUAGCUUUCAGUUUUGUUUCUCGCAAAUCCAACGAUUUAUUUCGCAAAUGUUUCUGUUCCGAUUUGAACGGCAUCGUAAUUGUGGGUGGUCCAAAGGUAAUCUUCAUGUCGGUGGUGUUUCAGAACAGCUCCGGAUGGGUUCUGGACGCGCUCCCGCUAAUCAACGGAAGCUAUCAGCGGUGCGUCCGGAUAGGAAAAGGUGGCUCGAGCCUGCUGAAGUGUAGUUUUAAAAGACAAUAUUUCCAAACAUCAAAGAGCUAUUACUGCCAAAGCCCCACUGCUGCCUUAGCUGGAGGAAAAGCGGAUGUUUUGCAAGCAACAGAUAAAAAAUCGAAGAAAAGGAAGCGCAAACGCAGUGAACUCAACCAGGGAGAAGUCGAUUCCCAGGCCUUCCACCAGAGAGUCAGGUCUGUAAUCCUGGAAGGAACCAAGUCUUUAGUGGCUUCUGCCCAAUCCCGCGGUUACUUGAAUGGAGACGCAGAUGCGGAAAAGGAGGCUCUUCCGGCCCCAGAGUGCGGCCUUGCCGCUCUGUGUGAGAUGGCUAAAGAGCUUCCACCGGUGGACGAUGAAGAGCUCAAGGAGCACCCUCAGCUCCUCAUCACAGACGGCAGCUGUACCCCAAACAUUGACCUGUUCACCCAAGUGACAGAGCACAACUCGGACUGUGGUGCAGUGGUCCCACUGAUGGGGCAGGAGUACGUGAUCCCGCCUCACACAGCCUUCCUGCUCUCCGAUUUCACGAGAAUGAAGCCGCUCAUCGACUAUGAAAAGAAAUUUGACCUGAUUGUCAUGGAUCCACCUUGGGAAAACAAGUCAGUGAAGAGGAGCCGAAGAUACGGUUCUUUGCCUUCAUCCCAGCUGAAGCGGCUCCCCAUUCCCCAAUUUACAUCUCCAAACUGCUUGGUAGUCACCUGGGUGACAAACAGGCCCAGCCACCUUCGCUUUGUGUGCGAUGAGCUGUAUCCAUACUGGAAUGUGCAGGUCGUGGCGAAAUGGUUCUGGGUCAAGGUCACCACUUUGGGUCAGUUUGUGUUUCCGCUCGACUCACAGCACAAGAAGCCGUAUGAGACGCUGGUGCUGGGCCGAUAUCACCCCUCUGCUCCCCCGAGCACCUCAGAGAUGAAAGAAGUUCUCCUAGAAGACAGCCGCUUGAUCGUCAGCGUCCCCUCAGCUCUACACUCCCACAAGCCCUCACUCUCAGAGGUAUUAAAGCCAUAUAUUAGGCCUGGAGCAGAGUGCUUGGAGCUGUUCGCCCGCAGUCUGCAGCCUGGAUGGACAAGCUGGGGCAACGAGGUGCUGAAAUUUCAGCACAGCAGCUACUUCACUUUGACACCUGCAGAUGAUUCAGCCGACACCUCUAAAGAGGAGGCUCCUGAUGGGCCCUCAGCUGCACCAGCGCGCAGUUCUCCCCCCCAUCACUACGUGAACUGAUGACUAACGUGAAGCGCCCCUCAGUUUUUCCAUUUGUUUUUAAUGAAGAUUCAGCACCAAAAAUAUUGCUCUUGCAACUCCUUUUGAUCUAGAACGUUCAUGCAUGCACCUUUGAUUUCUUCUUUUUUUUUCUUCAAAUGAGUAAAUAUUAAGGUGGUGAAAUGCAAGUCUGAAUAUGCUGUUAAGAGAGAUGAAAGAAUGUUUUGUGCAGCAGUUUUGAGCCCAGCUGCUUUCUACACACAAACCAAACACUUCUUUUGAGCUGUUAUUGGCACAAUUUCUGUCUUAGGGACGAUCAAAGUAUUUCUAUUUAUACUUACUCCAUGCUGUUGGGGUUAAAAAUAUUGGAUAUUUUCUGUUUUUUGUUUUUUUUAUCGCUCUAAAUGUGAAAAAAUGUUUUGAAACGGACUCCAGCUCCAAGGUUUUUCACACCAGUAACUCUACGACGUCUCCUCCUUUAUCCUCUUGUUCUGUCAAGGGCAUUCAGAUCAUUUGGCCCCUCAUUCUCCCCGUUUUUCUCUGAAAGAUGAGCUCGCCCGUGUCACUUCUAAGCGGCCGGCCUGCCUUUUCAUGUCGGGUGGGGCCUCUCUAAUGAGUCAGAUUGUGCUGUGUGAAUGAGAAGGGCUGCCCGUGAGGAAGACGAGGAAGAGUUGUGGCCUCUGUAGCACACAUCAGAGCUAACGAGGUCAGAAUGCCACUCCAGCAGCAUUGCGAUCACAUUAUCUUGUCAACCUGGCUGUCCUUAACACACACACUGUUAAUCAAUAGACUAAAUCAUUUAAGUCUAUGUAGUCUUUAGUAAUAGUUAUAAGUAGGUCAUAGUUAUAGUUUUUUUUUAAAGACUUUGUUUUGUAAACUUGCAGCUCUUUUAAUAAAAUACAGAAAAUUUGACUAUUA